CCAACUAUACUGCGAACAGGCCAUAUUGCCAAAGAUUUUUUGCUUGCUUUAAUUUUUAUUGUGAUUGUGUGAGACAGGUUCUUCUUUCUUUUUGAGUUGCAUUAUUUCUAUUAUCUAUUUAUUUCCUAGUAAAUUUAUAUUGCAAAAAAGAAAGAUUUUAGUUUUAUUCAUUUUAUUUUCCAACAAAACAAUUUCAAUAUUAUUGUUUAUUAUUUGACUUGAGUGUUUAACUCGCAUUAAAUAAAAUUCAAACGCAAUAUUCCUGUUUUUGUUGCUGGACAUAAGAACAGAAGAAAAAGAAACGAAAAACGAAAAAACUUCUUUCGACUUGAAAAAGUGCCGUGCCGUCCCGACGACGAAACAACAAAAAGUUUUUUCAUCCAGACGGAAAAAUGGAGUUUUUGUUUGGAUCACGUUCGAGUAAAACAUUUAAACCGAAAAAGAACAUUCCGGAAGGAACCCAUCAGUAUGAUCUCAUGAAACAUGCUGCCGCCACUUUGGGAUCUGGAAAUUUGCGAAAUGCAGUUGCUCUUCCCGAUGGCGAGGAUUUAAACGAAUGGGUAGCUGUUAAUACUGUGGAUUUCUUUAAUCAAAUCAACAUGCUUUAUGGGACCAUUACUGAAUUCUGCACUGAAGAAAGCUGUGGCAACAUGUCGGCUGGACCAAAAUACGAAUAUCUAUGGGCUGACGGUCAAGCGGUAAAGAAACCUAUCAAAUGCAGUGCACCCAAAUACAUCGACUAUCUAAUGACAUGGGUCCAAGACCAACUAGACGACGAAACCUUAUUCCCUUCGAAAAUUGGUAUACCUUUUCCGAAAAAUUUCCUAGCAAUUGCCAAGACAAUACUAAAACGACUCUUUCGAGUUUACGCGCACAUUUAUCACCAGCAUUUCUCUGAAGUGGUAACAUUGGGUGAAGAAGCUCACCUCAACACUUCCUUUAAGCAUUUUAUAUUUUUUGUGCAAGAAUUCGAUUUGAUUGAACGUAAAGAAUUAGCUCCGUUGCAGGAGUUGAUCAAUAAGCUUACAGCAAAGGAUGAACGGCAGAUUUAAAUUUAAAAAAAAAGAAAAAAAAAAAAACAAAAUAAA